UCCUCUAGUCCCCGCGCGCCGGCCGCGUUUCAGGUCUUCUACGCGGCCGGUGUGCGCCACCGUGUUUCGGCGGCGGAACGACGGGGGGGCCAGCCACCGCUCGGCCGGGUUGCGUGUGCGUGUGCUCGGCCUGGCGGGACGAACCAAUGCUGGCGCGUCGCGUAUCAGAGCGUUCGUUUCGCGAUGGGGGGUUGGGCCAUCGUGUGUGUGUGUGUGUUCUCCAGCAGUUUGUCUAGUAUUCUGGUGGUGCAGCUGACUGAACAAGAGGCCGCAGACGGGGCCGCAGCGAAGGGGGGGUUGGUUUGACGGGCUGGCGUUUGACGUGGAUGAGACGGGCGGCCGUGUGACCGGGAGACGAGCAUCGGGCGUGAAGGCUGGAUGAAGAAGGACGAACCAUGGUUUGCUCUUCCCCCUCUUCCCCCUUCCCUCUUCCCCCGGGCUGUGCUCCGCCGCAUGCUAUGCUGUGCUGCGCUGUGCGGUGUGUUGUCCUGCCGCCUGCCGUGUUUGCGUGCAACCCCCUCCCAGCGGCACGACGACGAGAGGGCAAAACCACGGCUCUUUUCUGCUCCAUUCCAUUUCAUUUCGUCUGGCGGCGCAGCGGGGGGCGCGUGAGACACACGCGGAUGCGCCGCGAUGUCUUCCGCUGCGGGCUUCCGUCGCUUUGGAGUGGCGAUGACGAUGCGGGGUGGGUUGUUGGCAAUUGGGCACGAACUGAGUUAGUGUCGGCUGCCCGCAGCCUUGUGGCCGGCGGGGCGAGGCGAGAGACGAGGUGGCAUGAGACAGGGCGGACGGGACGAGGCGAGACAAGACAAGACAAGACGAGACAAGGCCGGACGGACGGACUAAAUCGCCAGAGAGAGUCAGGCCGCCGGGGAGAGAGACAACGCAUCGGGCUUUUGUCUCGGGGACCGGUGAGGAGUUGGCGUUGGCGCGUGGGGUGUUUUGGUCAAGUGAGUGAGUGGGUGAGUGAGUCAAUCCUUCGGUGUGCAUAACCAUGAAAGCCUUGGAAUCAGGCAGUCAAGACAUCUCCAGAGUAGUCAUGUCUCCGUCAAGCUCAAUUAUUG